AUGUCAUCCUUAAGUCGGGAAUUAGUUUUCCUAAUCCUGCAAUUCCUGGAUGAGGAAAAGUUCAAAGAAACUGUCCACAAGUUGGAACAAGAAUCUGCUUUUUUCUUCAAUAUGAAAUAUUUUGAGGAACAAGUUCAAGCUGGUGAAUGGGAUGAGGUUGAGAAAUAUCUAUGUGGGUUUACAAAGGUUGAAGAUAAUCGUUACUCAAUGAAGAUAUUCUUUGAAAUAAGGAAACAAAAGUACCUUGAAGCUCUUGAUAGGAAUGACAGAGCAAAAGCUGUUGAAAUUCUUGUAAAAGAUUUGAAGGUCUUUUCGACUUUUAAUGAAGAGCUCUUCAAAGAGAUCACACAGCUACUAACUCUUGAUAAUUUUAGGCAGAAUGAGCAGCUUUCAAAGUAUGGGGAUACCAAAUCAGCAAGAAGCAUUAUGUUGGUUGAACUGAAAAAGCUUAUAGAAGCAAAUCCUUUGUUUAGAGAGAAGCUAACUCUUCCUGUAUUUAAAGCUUCAAGAUUGCGUACAUUGAUAAAUCAAAGUCUUAAUUGGCAACAUCAACUUUGCAAGAAUCCACGCCCUAAUCCUGAUAUCAAAACUCUUUUUAUCGAUCACACAUGUGCUUCUAACAAUGGAGGUAGGGCACCUCCCCCUACCAACAGUUCUCUUUCUGGACCUGUUCCUAAAGCUGGAGUAUUUCCUCCAAUUGGAGCACAUGGUCCUUUUCAGCCUAUUGUUUCUCCUUCUGCUGGAUGGAUGGCAACUGCUAAUCUUUCCAUGCCUCAACCUGGUGUUCAAGCUGGACCUCCUGGCCUUGUGCAGCAGCAGCAGCAGCCUCCAGUUACAGCUGCAUUCCUGAAGCAUCCACGGACUCCUCCAGGUGGUGGUCCUGGAUUGGAAUAUCAAAUGGCUGAAUCGGAGCACUUAAUGAAACGUGCACGUGUGGGCCCAUCUGAUGAGGUGUCCUUUUCUGGUUCAACUCAUCCUCCGAAUUCAUACUCACUGGAUGAUCUUCCAAAAACUGUGGUUAGGUUACUUAACCAGGGUUCAAAUGUCAUGUCAAUGGACUUCCAUCCUCAACAACAAACUAUUCUCUUAGCUGGAACAAAUGUUGGUGAAAUAAGCAUUUGGGAGAUUGGAACUCGAGAGAGAAUGGUGCAUAAACCCUUCAAGGUUUGGGAUUUAUCUGCUUGUUCAAUGCCUUUUCAGACAACUUUAGUAAAGGAUGCAGCAGUAUCUGUUAACCGUUGCAUAUGGGGACCAGAUGGAUCAAUACUCGGUGUUGCCUUUUCCAAGCACAUUGUUCAGAUAUAUACAUAUAACCAAUCAGGGGAAUUAAGACAACAUUUGGAAAUAGAUGCACAUGUUGGUGGUGUAAAUGAUAUUGCUUUUGCUCAACCCAAUAAGCAAAUGUGUAUUGUCACAUGUGGCGAUGACAAGACAAUUAAGGUAUGGGAUGCUGUAGGUGGAAGGAGGUUAUAUAUGUUUGAAGGUCACGAGGCUCCUGUUUAUUCUGUAUGUCCUCACUCUAAAGAACAAAUACAGUUUAUAUUCUCAACAGCAAUUGAUGGGAAAAUCAAAGCAUGGCUGUAUGAUUGCUUGGGGUCAAGGGUAGAUUAUGAUGCCCCUGGUCUUUGGUGCACAACAAUGGCAUAUAGCACUGAUGGAACUAGAUUGUUUUCUUGUGGAACAAGUAAAGAAGGUGAAGCCCAUUUAGUUGAGUGGAACGAGAGUGAAGGAGCUAUCAAGAGGGAAUAUUCUGGUUUCAAAAAACGUUCUAUGGGAGUUGUACAAUUUGACACAACAAAAAACCGUUUUUUAGCUGCUGGAGAUGAGUUUCAGAUUAAGUUUUGGGACAUGGAUAAUAAUGAUAUGCUAACAGCCACUGGUCCAAACAAUGGUUUACCUGCAAGGCCUAGAUUAAGAUUUAACAAGGAAGGGUCAUUACUGGCAGUCUCCACAAGUGAUAAUGGAUUUAUAAUAUUGGCAAAUAAUGAUGGGCAGCGCAUGGUAAGGAUGCUGGAGAGUCAAGCGUAUGAGCGGACCCGGGCACUUUCUGAUUCAGUCAAACCUUCAAUCACUGGCCCAUUAGGUUCGAUCCCUAACGCGUCUUCAUCUAUGGUAACUGCUAUAGAACGUGAUAGAAUGCAAACUCCAUUAUCCAUUGGAAAUCUUGCUAAUGCUGAAAGCAGUAAAGUUGUGGAUAUUAAACCAAGAAUUGUGGAGGGUGCUGACAAAGCUACAAGCUGGAAGCUCCCUGAUAUUGUUGAUUCCUCUCACCUUAAAGCCCUAAGGUUGCCUGAUCCAACAGCUGCCAGCAAGGUUAUGAGGCUGAUCUAUACAAAUUCUGGGUUAUCUUUGCUUGCACUUGCUUCAAAUGCCAUUCAUAAGCUCUGGAAAUGGCAACGAAGUGAACGCAAUCCAUCUGGGAAGUCGACUGCAUCUAUUGUCCCACAACUAUGGCAACCAACAAAUGGAGCUCUCAUGUCUAAUGAUGUGAAUGAGAGUAAAUCUGCUGAAGAGUCUGCAGCAUGCAUUGCUUUGUCAAAGAAUGAUUCUUAUGUCAUGUCUGCCUCUGGUGGGAAAGUCUCCUUGUUCAACAUGAUGACUUUUAAGGUCAUGACAACUUUCAUGCCCCCACCACCUGCUGCCACCUACUUGGCUUUUCAUCCUCAAGACAACAAUAUCAUUGCUAUAGGAAUGGAGGAUUCCACCAUUCAAAUUUACAAUGUUAGAGUUGAUGAGGUCAAAAUGAAGCUGAAAGGUCACCAGAAACCAAUUACAGGACUUGCUUUUUCACAGACUUUAAAUGCACUCGUUUCAUCUGGAGCUGAUGCUCAGCUAUGUAUCUGGAAUAUUAAUGGAUGGGAGAAGAGGAAAUCAAGAAACAUACAGUCGCCACCUGGACAUCCCUCCUCACUCGUUGGAGAAACCAAAGUUCAGUUCCAUAAUGAUCAACGCCAUCUCCUUGUUGUACAUGAAAGCCAAAUUGCUAUUUAUGAUCACCAACUCGAAUGCUUGAAAUUGUGGUCUCCAAGAGAAUCUCUUUCUGCUGCAAUUUCAAGUGCAAUAUAUUCAUGCGAUGGGAUGCUAUUAUACACUGGAUUUUCCGAUGGUGCUGUUGGAGUUUUUGAUGCAGACAAUUUAAGGCUUCGAUGUCGUAUAGCACCUUCCGCCUACAUAUCCUCUUCAAUUUCCAGAAGCAAUAGCACGGCGUAUCCAGCAGUGAUUGCAUCACAUCCGUCGGAUCCAAACCAAUUUGCUCUGGGAAUGAGCGAUGGAUCUGUCCACGUCAUCGAGCCAGCUGAUGCAGAUCCAAAGUGGGGUGGAUCAACAAACACCCUCCAGAUAAGCACGCCUCCAGUCCUCCAUAGGCAUGAGUUCAUAGGCUCUUAUACUUACGAUCCCAGCGCACAUCAUUUUCCUCUGUUGUCGCAUUCACACAUAACACAUAAGGUUUGAUUUUGUUCUUGAUCAAGUGCGAUUGUGUCACCAAACCUACACUCCAUGUAUUCGAUGAAAAGCCUAGAUGAAGCAGUUAUAUAUGUAUGUGAUGCGACCUCGUUCUGACACUCUUGGUUGAAGGUGUUUUCUGCUACGCUAUGGUUUGCGAGAUCACAACAGGAAAAAGGGUCGUCAACCGUUCUUCAAGAUGGAUCUCGAAAAAACGCUCCGACGGUCAACUCGGUGGAUUAUCUAGGAGUGAGUAUAAGAGUCUGAGAGAAAUAACUUACUUUCCUGGAUGACAGAGGAGACCUUUUAUACUGAGUUUUCCUGCUAGUCCGUACAUGGGACAAGGGCGUCAGACCCGACAGGAUCAGACGCGUUGAUUGGCCAAUCGUGCUCCUUUUUAUGUCAGAGCUAGCGUUUGGUUCAGGUACU